AUGAUCAACCACAAGCAAGAAUCAUAUGAAAACACUCAGCAGAUUGAUGAAAUUCUGAUUGAAUCGAUGGUUACAGAAGAAGACUACUUGCAUACCUAUGAAUUCAAUGGCAUUACCCACUUGAGAGUGGGCCCCUCCCGCCGUGGGCUGGCUCGCUCCGGCAACAGCGCAGGGCCCACCGGCAAAUAUUUGGUGCCAGCGUACUUCGUUUACGCCGUCUUGAAAUUGCACUCAACCCUGGCAUUCGAAGAGAUCUACCGGCAUGCCUACAAGAUCGUGUUGAUGAUGCGGGCACCUGAUCUUUACGAGCAAGUCAAACAACUGGAGCAGGACUGGCUGAAAACGAACGUCCGAACACUCAUUGUCGAUUCAAUUUCUUCGAGCCUCGAUGCUUGGGAAGAUCAUCAAUUGGGUAUGGGCAUGGUUACCGAUGUUCUGAUGUAUAUGGACCGUAUGGUAGCAAGCCGUACUCACCCACCCAUCGACGUGGCCUACAUGGCUCUAUUCCAAGACCAUAUCCUACGAGCUCCCGUCCGUGCCGGCUCUUCUUUGACUGCUAUAGAUGUGCUCGAAUCCACCAUACUCUUUAUAAUCCAACUGGAACGUUCUGGGCACAUUAUUGAGCGGCCGCUCAUUCGGCAUUGCAUCUAA